AGUUGUGUGGCGGCGUUGUGGGUGCACGCGUCGCGGUGAACAUAAAAAUUUCUCAGUGCAAGUCAGCAAGGGGGGAAGACAAAGAGCAAUAGCUAAAGUCAAUUCAUCAUUAUCGCGCUGAUAAGCUAGACCAUUAGGGAAGCUGAUAGCCGCGCAGCGCGUUACUACAUUGCAAAUCUCAACUUGAACUUGACUGCGUUCGUAUCGCUACAAUGACCGCAAAUAAAAUGCGAAUGAAGAGCACCAUUGCCGCAUGUUGCAAAUGUGGCAGCGAAAAGCAACGCAGUGAUGGUGAACGCACAAGUGAGGAAGGGCACGCGUGUCUGCCACCAAAGACUGCUUCCACGCUGGCGACUGAGCAGCUACUUUUGCCAAACGCCCUAACGCCGGUCGCGUCAAUUGCUUCCGCUGAUUUAGCGAAGCGCGAGCAUACAUAUUUGUGGCGCAUGCCAUGGUUCCUUACCGUUAUGUCGUGUGUGCAGCUAACCGUCUACUUCAUCGCCAAUGACUGUCUCACUCAGCGUUUGAUGCUAAUUCCUGGACAUCCCUACGAAGUCUGGCGCUACUUCACCUACACUUUACUACAUUCCGAUCUCAUGCAUCUGCUAUUGAACGUGUCAUUACAGUGCCUAAUUGGCUUUUGUUUGGAGAGCGAGCAGAGUCACUGGCAAGUGGCCAUGAUUUAUGCUGCGGGAGGAAUCUCUGGCUCUUUAAUCACCACAUAUUCUCAGCCAAAGUUGUCGUUGCUGGGCGCAUCGGCCUGCGUUUACGCGCUGCUGACCAAUCAUGUGCCGCAUCUGGUAAUGAAUUUUCGUCAACUGCCUUACCGUUAUCUGCGCAUUGCGUCUCUACUGAUUUUGUGUCUCACGGACGUUACGCUCACAGUGUACCAUUUUCUGGUCAAGCACAAUUUGAACCCGCGUAUUUGUGUGGAGGCUCACAUUGCCGGCGCUUUGGCCGGCCUCUGCUUCGGUUUUCUGCUCUCCACCGUGAUCAGACGUCAUUAUGCCACCUACUACUGCUUGCUGAGUAUAUGAAAUGAAUAUAACAAUAUAUGAUAUAUUUCAUUGUAUAUGCGAACAUCAGUUUAGGUAAUCAUUCACGAUAUAAUAUCGAAAUUUGAGGCCGAAUAGCAUUAGACUUCAUUAGUAUUCCGUGCGAAUAAACUAUUUUUACAAUUUCAAAA